AUGCAGGAUGCAGUUGCCCUGGCCUUAGCUGACCCGUAUGCGAACCCCGAUGGCGAUGCUGCUGCUCAGCGGCCAACCAGCCGGCAGCGGCAGCAGGAGCUGCAGCGCUGCUUCCUCCAGCUGGUUUCGAACGCAUUUUUAGUUCAGUGCGAGCCGCCUCUACCUGUGCAGCAGCAGGAGCAGCAGCAAGACCAGCAGCAGCAGCACACGGGGCGCAGGCGCAAAGCUGAGUCCAAAGCAGCCCUCAGGAAGAUGCCUUCGAAGACAGCCGACGUGCCGGCCUACACAGCCGAGGACUCGGACGAAGAGGAUGCAGAAGAAGACAGCGGAGGCCUCCCGGGGUUUCUGCUGAUGAUGUUGGAUGAGGCAGACCCUGCAGCAAAGGCCCGAAAGACAACCCCACCAGGCAGCAGCAGCAGCAGCAGCAUCGGCAGCGCUAGGCAAACCCAGAAGCAGCAGCAGCUGAUGGACAGUCUUGUGUCUCGACUGCAGCAGCAGCGGGUUCCCUUUCAAGUCAACGCACCGUUCAUAUCUCUGCUGCUAUGCAAGAAGGCUGUGAAGCAAUUUGUAGUCGCUCGCGUAGGAGACACGCGGCUAGUCCAGGCAACGACAGCAGCGCUGCUGCAGGCAGUCCGCCUGAAGCCGCAGCAGCAGCGGGGCGUCGAGGAGCAGCAGACCAGUGCCCGGCUAGAUGUGCACUGUAAGUGGCUAACGUUCGACGCGUUGGAGGCAGCAGUGUCAACAGAGCUGCAGCUGCAGCAGCAGCAGCAGCAGCAGCAGCCCCGCGUGUCUGUACAGAAGCCGCAGCUGAUUCGGCUGCUGGACGGACUGACCAAACACCCAGACCGCCUGCUAGCCACAGCGAUGAAGGACGGGCAGGCUGCGUACCGCCUCGACUGGCAGCAAAUAAAGGCGCUUAUGCAGCGCCGCAUUAUGUCUGAGGCUGUGCUAGCUCGUUGCGGGCCUAAGGCGGCUCGAGUGUGGCGGCGCAUAAUAAACGCAGCGGAGGGCCCUGGGGCUGCAGUGGUUUAUUUUGACGAGCAAAUGAUAGCUGACAGCUGCUUGCUGCCACCGAGCGGCGCCCGGCAAGCCAUGUACUCGCUCGCCCUUGCUGGAUUUGCCCGCUUUCAUGAGUCGGACCGGCUGCCAGCUAGCUGCACUUCUCUGUCUACAAAACACUCGCUGGUGAUAACUUGCAGCCUCGAAGAGACGCAGCAGCAAGUGGCUGACAGUGUGCUUCGAGCAGCACUUAACUUGCUCGAGAGAAAACGAGCCGAAGCACAGCACCUCUCCGAACUCAGAUGCAGGACUCAGUGUCUGGCAGACACUGAAAUGCAGCAGCAGCGCCUCAGAGAAGCUGCCGAAGACCUUUUGGACGCAAAUGUACUCAAGCUAGGAGAGCCACUGGCUAUCCUAAUGGACAUCUAA